GCCGAGGGUGACAGCACCUGCAGAUCUGGAUCUGGAUCGAGAGCGGCAGGACCCGGGGAUGGAAACAGCCCACAUACCCAUCAAGAGAUGAGUGGUUAAACCAGGCGGUGGUGCGUGCCUUUAAUCCCAGUGCUUGGGAGGCAGAAGCAGGCAAAUCUCUGUGAGUUCAAGGUCAGCCUGUUCUACAAAGUGUUUGUGCUGGCCAAGUGAAGGUCGUGGGUGAACCCGCAGACUCGGAGGACCCUCCUGUGUGUGGCACGGGCCUGCUGCAGACUGAUCCCUCCCCCCUGCGCUGAUUGGUCUCCGCGUGUCUCCGAGGAUGCUGCCCAUCACUGACUGCCUGUUGCACCUGCUGGGGCUGGAAAAGACGGCAUUUCGAGUGUAUGCCGUGUCAGCUUUGCUGCUAUCCCUCCUUUUCUUCCUCUUCCGCCUGCUGCUGCAAGUAUUCAAAUUGUGCUGGGACUUCCGCACCACUUGUCGGAGGCUGAGCUGCUUCCCAGAGCCUCCAGGCCGUCACUGGCUGCUGGGCCACGUGAGCAUGUAUCUUCCCAACGAGAAGGGCCUUAAAAACGAGGAGAAAGUGCUGGACGCCAUGCACCACAUCAUCUUGGCCUGGGUUGGACCUUUCCUGCCUCUCUUGGUGCUUGUACACCCUGACUACAUCAAGCCUGUGUUGGGUGCCUCAGCUGCCAUCGCACCCAAGGAUGAGUUUUUCUAUAGCUUCCUGAAGCCUUGGUUAGGGGAUGGACUUUUGCUCAGCAAAGGGAACAAGUGGAGUCGGCACCGCCGAAUGCUCACACCGGCCUUCCACUUUGACAUCCUGAAGCCCUACAUGAAGAUCUUCAACCAGUGCACGGACAUUAUGCACGCUAAAUGGCGGCGGCAUCUGUCAGAGGGCUCAGUGACCUCCUUUGACAUGUUCGAGCAUGUCAGUCUCCUGACCCUGGACAGCCUUCAGAAAUGUGUGUUCAGCUACAACAGCGACUGCCAGGAGAGAAUGAGCGAUUACAUCUCAUCCAUCAUCGAACUGAGCGCUCUAGUGGUGCGACGCCAAUACCGCCUGCAUCACUACCUGGAUUUCAUCUACUACCUCACGGCCGAUGGACGGCGCUUCCGCCAGGCCUGUGACAUGGUGCACAAGUUCACCACUGAAGUCAUCCAGGAGCGGCGGCGGGCACUGCGCCAGCAGGGCGCUGAGGCAUGGCUCAAGGCUAAGCAAGGCAAAACCUUGGACUUCAUAGACGUGCUGCUGCUGGCCAAGGAUGAAGAGGGAAAGGAGCUGUCUGAUGAGGACAUCCGAGCUGAGGCUGACACCUUCAUGUUUGAAGGUCAUGACACAACAUCCAGUGGGCUGUCGUGGGCGCUGUUCAACCUGGCGAAGUACCCAGAGUACCAGGAGAAGUGUCGGAAAGAGAUCCAGGAAGUCAUGAAAGGCCGGGAGCUGGAGGAGCUGGACUGGGACGACCUGACGCAGCUGCCCUUCACCACCAUGUGUAUCAAGGAGAGUCUGCGACAGUUCCCACCGGUGACGCUCAUCUCUCGCCGGUGCACCGAGGACAUCAAGCUGCCAGAUGGGCGCGUCAUUCCCAAAGGUAUUAUCUGCUUGCUCAGCAUCUACGGGACACACUACAACCCCUUAGUGUGGCCUGACUCUAAGGUGUACAAUCCCUACCGCUUUGAUCCGGACACCCCACAGCAGCGCUCCCCGCUGGCCUAUGUACCUUUCUCAGCAGGUCCCAGGAACUGCAUUGGGCAGAGCUUCGCCAUGGCAGAGAUGCGAGUGGUCGUGGCGCUGACACUGCUGCGCUUCCGCCUGAGCGUGGACCGAACGCGCAAGGUGCGGCGGAAGCCGGAGCUCAUUCUGCGCACGGAGAACGGCAUUUGGCUCAACGUGGAGCCUCUGCCCCCGCGGGCCUGAACGCUCCCGGGCCCCGCUCAUUCCGGGGUUCAGGCUCCGCCAGCUCAGGCCUAGACCACGCCUCCAAGAGCCUGGGUCCGCCUCCAAGAUCUUGAGGGCGUAGACCACGCUCCUCGAAAGUACAGGAGGAUAAAGUUUUGUGGAGGACUCUUGUUAGUGAUGACCACGCCCCUCAGGACAAGGCCUAGCCUUUUGGGAUAUGAUUCCAUCCCUUGAGGUCAAAGUCCCGCCUUAAAUUAUCCUUACCUUCAGGGUGUGGAUAAUCAGGCUAGUCCCUGCCCCCUCGGACUUGGGUCACGCCCCCAACGCAAGUCUGCUCAGGUUCCCAGGCUGGUCCCCUGGACCUAAGACUCAACGUUGGGACUGGAUCCUUGCCUUCCCUCUGGCUACGCCCAGGUUAGCUUCUAAACUGAGGAUUUAGAAGCCGGAGCCUGAGGUUGCAGCCCGGAAUCCUCAACAUGACCUUUCCGAGACUCGCACCUACAUGGAAGGACUGCACACGCUGAAUCUCAGGACUUUGUUCGCUUUGCUGUUUAUAAACCUGGACCCUAACGGGUCCCUUCCUCCUCAGCGACCGUCCCUUUGCUGAGUUUUCUCAUUUUUUAAGAGUAAAAGCAAGAGGAUUCAGACACUUUCCACCUCACCCCGUCUCAGAUCUGGAGUCCAAGAUGGGGGAGGAGGGGCUCUUGGCAGUUGGGAAGUGACUAGGAGGGGAGCUGUUUGUUGUUGAACUAAACUCAGAUUUGGAG